AUGAGGUAUUUCAUCGAAGAACUCUCCCCAUGGUUUGACCACUGUGAUGACCGUCGGCAUUUUCAACUAGAAGUGCCCAGGCGUGCUCAGUACUGUUCGACCCUCAAACUCGCAAUUUUUGCGGUCGCCGCGCGCCAUUUGGCCCGUCUUCCGAAAUACAAAACCACUCAUGGUAUUGUAUACUGUGGACAAUCCCUUCCCAAUCUGAAAAAGUCCAGCGCUCUCGAAUACAUGUUAAAAUGCAUUCCCGAUCUCAUUCGGUUCCCUGAGAUCCAAGAUCCAGACCACCAAGCGAACAUCAUGGCUGCUACAGUGAUUCUACGCCAGUACGAAGAGAUGGACGAAGAAAUGGACCAAGGCGAUGUUGAUGGAGAUUAUCAUACUGAUGGAAGAGUCAAUUUUCUGGCAAUCACGAAAACUAUAAUAGACUCAAUGAUUGCAUCUCCUCUCGAUCAAUCGUUGGCAAAUGCGGCGUAUUGGAUCACUGUUCGACAAGAGAUUUAUUACGCCCUGACAAGAGAGACUGUUCCACAUCUACGGUUCGAUUGGCAGCCUGAACACCCUCAUCCCGUGGCCAACAAUGUCAUUCUAUUCGCGGGGGAGGUCGCUCAAUGGCGGUGGGGCAAGCAAAUACCAGAGGAUUGGAUACAACUCAAGCUAAAAGAACAACAGCUAGUGCAGGAUUCUAUCGGGGAACUUGAGCCGAUCCUUGAGCUUAAAGCCGACAGGUCAAAGGGAGACAUAUUCCCUACUACGUGGUAUGGCUUUGAUAUGCAAGUCACAGCCAUUCAGCACUUACGGCUAGCCCAGUUGAUCUUGAUUGCAGAGAAUCCACACCUUGAGUAA